AUGGGCUUUGCUGUGUCAGGUCAGAAGCGGUGCCACUCUCCUGCUGGGCCGAAGAACUCGAGCCCGAUCAAGGGCAAGGGGAAGGGGAAAGGGAAGGGGAAGGGGAAGUGGAAGGACAAGGGAAAGGCCUUGUUUACCAGUACAUUUUUUGUGGAGAGGGAGGAUGACUCUGAUGAAGAAGAUGAGCUCAAUGGCAGGUUCAAGUCAGAGGAAAGGGAGGAGUCCUUGUUGCUGCCUCCCAAGAGGCAAAGGGUGGAGUGGCUGCACACAUGCACUGUGGAAGGGAUUGGAUCUUCCCAGGGAACAAGCAUCAACAAUGGGGAAAUCUUUGGGCCAGGGGAGGAGGAGGUCAUGGAGCAGGACCUCUCCUAUGAGAUUGAGGAGAGGAUGGAGCUGCACCAGGUGUAUAUGCAAGUGCUGGAGACUGUGGAGGAGCUGGAAGAGGAGCAGCAGGAGCUGGAAGAGGAGCUUUGGGUAGAGGAGGGAGAGGAGCAGGCAGAGGAGCAGGAGGGCCAGAUGUUCCAGAUGGAUACUAUUGCCUCUCUGCCACUGGUACAGGCUCCAUUUUCAAAUGAGGCAGCCACUAUGAAGAUGCUUGAGCUCUCAAGAGUGAGCGGAGAAGCAGAGAGCUUCAAUCCCACCUUUGGUGCAGAUGGACAAUCAAUGCUCAAAGAGCAUUGGGAGAAGAUGGAGAGCUGGGAAGGGGGGGACAUGGGUAGCCCCAUACUUGGAGACUCCAAUUCCUCUCAUGAUGGGCUGGCUGAAUUGAGGGAGGAACCCCUCAAUCCUGUUGAUUUCUACUUCUCUGAGCCACACAACCCUUGCUCAAGCCAUCUCACCUUGCCCUUGAGCAAGGUGUCAAUACAGAUGCGUGUCAAUGUAGAGAAGUGGCAGAACACUUGGUUACUCUUGGCCUUCAGCAAUUGGCUUGCCUGUGGGCACCUGGCUACUACAUCAGGUGCCUUUGGCUGCAAAGUCAUCAAGGCUGCCAUGUCUAGGGAAGUGCACAUCACUUCCUUCCCUACCUUCAGCAUCAUGGCCUUCAUCAAGAGCCCAGGUGUCUACCUGACUGAGUUCCUGGCGCUUCAAGACUUCCUUGCAUCACCUGACGAAGGGGUGACAGUCUGCAUGGUCAAAUCUGCUGUGGUUGGGGAUGAAGUCCCCAAAGCCAAAGUCCUCCAGAGCUGGAUUCACUAUGGUGCCCAGGGAUUCAAUCCCCAUUUGAAGGUGCUAUCCCAUGGUGUCUUUGACAUCCCAGCAUCCCCUCAAGGCAUGGGGAAAAUCAAUUUUGGGGUACCUAAUGCAGUGCAUCAGGUAUGUGUGGACAUUCAUCUGCUGACAAGAGAUAUCUAUGUCUCUACAUCAUUCAUGGGGAAGGGAAGCCUUACACUUCCCCAUAUUGACUUGAUCUUCUGUCAUGUGACAGAAAUUGCAGUGAGGCACAAGCUCAAUGGUGCCCCCAAUAAGCUGUGGUUCCUUGCCCCCCUGACCUUGAAGAAUUUGGCCCUCUUGUCAAGAACAGUUCAAGGCACUGCAGGGCAUGACUUUGGAGCUCAGCUCAUUGCUGAGCUUGAAGAUCUUUACUGGGUCUGCCAGACUGAUGACAUUGGCUUCAUCCUCCCUGCCGGCUGGAUCCAUUGUGUUGAGUCCUUUGCCAUCUUGCUCCAUACUGGCUUCAAGUUUCAACUGGCAAACAUUGGAACAGAGAAGACUGGGCAGGAGAUGAUCAAGGUGCUGGAGGAGGACCUGGCACACUGGGCGCAUGUUAGGUCAGCGCAGGCAUGGGUGAGAGAGGCCCAAAAGGAGCUGGACACUGCUAAAGGCAAGAAAUUUUCUUAUAAUUAG